GGGUGUGUGCACCCAGGCUCCGUGUUACUGUAUAUUAAUGGAGUACUGUUCCCAGGGCCAGCUCUAUGAGGUUCUGAGGGCUGGACGGAAGGUAACCCCCAGACUGCUGGUGGACUGGGCCUCAGGGAUCGCCUCUGGGAUGAACUACCUGCACCUCCACAAGAUCAUACACAGAGACCUCAAGUCACCCAAGUGAGUGUCCAUCUCCUAACCCUAACCCCAACCUCCCCUAUCCCUCCAUCCAACCCUCCCCUAACCCCAACCACAACCCUCCCCUAACCCUAACCCCCAACCCUCCCCUAACCCCAACCCAUCCCCUAACCCUAACCCCCACAACCUGCCCCUAACCACAACCCUCCCCUAACCCUAACCCCAACCCUCCCCUAACCCCAACCCUCCCCUAACCCCAACCCUCCCCUAACCCCAACCCUUCCCUAACCCCAACCCUCCCCUAACCCCAACCCUUCCCUAACCCCAACCCUCUCCUAAUCCCAACCCUCCCCUAACCGUAACCACAACCCUCCCCUAACUCUAAUCCCAACCCUCCCCUAACCCCAACCCUCCCCUAACCCUAACCCUCCCCUAACCCCAACCCUCCCCUAACCCUCCCCUAACCCCAACUCUGUAUAAGAGCGUCUACUAAAUGACUAACAUGUAAAAAAUGUAAGACAUCAAAGAUGCAGCAGUUUAGGUAAAUAAAUCAACUCAGUAACAGAGAAGAAGGAGGAAAGGAGAGCCUCCAAAUAAUAAAGGUAAUAGAGAAAAGCCUUGUCGGAUGCUUCUACCUACAACAGUUUUUUCAUAAAUGACAUUGGUAGUGAUUUGAACUUUGGGAGCUCUAUAUAACGUGUCUUGGUCAUCGGUAAUGAUUUGAACUUUACAGUUGAAGUCGGAAGUUUACAAACACUUAGGUUGGAGUCAUUAAAACUCGUUUUUCAACCAUUCAACAAAUUUCUUGUUAACAAACUAUAGUUUUGCAAGUCAGUUAGGACAUCUACUUUGUGCAUGACACAAGCAAUUUUUCCAACAAUUGUUUACAGACAGAUUAUUUCACUUAUAAUUCACUGUAUCACAAUUCCAGUGGGUCAGAAGUUUACAUACGCUAAGUUGACUGUGCCUUUAAACAGCUUGGAUUCCAGAAAAUGAUGUAAUGGCUUUAGAAGCUUCUGAUAGGCUAAUUGACAUCAUUUGAGUCAAUUGGAGGUGUACCUGUGGAUGUAUUUCAAGGCCUACCUUCAAACUCAGUGCCUCUUUGCUUGACAUCAUGGGAAACUCAAAAGAAAUCAGCCCCCAAAAAAUGUAGACCUCCACAAGUCUGGUUCAUCCUUGGGAGCAAUUUCCAAAUGCCUGAAGGUAUCACGUUCAUCUGUACAAACAAUAGUACGCAAGUAUAAACACCAUGGGACCACGCAGCCGUCAUACCGCUCAGGAAGGAGACACGUUCUGUCUCCUAGAGAUUAACGUACUUUGGUGCGAAAAGUGCAAAUCAAUCCCAGAACAACAGCAAAGGACCUUGUGAAGAUGCUGGAGGAAACAGGUACAAAAGUAUCUACAGUGAGGGAAAAAAGUAUUUGAUCCCCUGCUGAUUUUGUACGUUUGCCCACUGACAAAUAAAUGAUCAGUCUAUAAUUUUAAUGGUAGGUUUAUUUGAACAGUGAGAGACAGAAUAACAACAAAAAAUCCAGAAAAACGCAUGUCAAAAAUGUUAUCAAUUGAUUUGCAUUUUAAUGAGGGAAAUAAGUAUUUGACCCCCUCUCAAUAAGAAAGAUGUCUGGCUCCCAGGUUUAUACAGGUAACGAGCUGAGAUUAGGAGCACACUCUUAAAGGGAGUGCUCCUAAUCUCAGUUUGUUACCUGUAUAAAAGACACCUGUCCACAGAAGCAAUCAAUCAAUCAGAUUCCAAACUCUCCACCAUGGCCAAGACCAAAGAGCUCUCCAAGGAUGUCAGGGACAAGAUUGUAGACCUACACAAGGCUGGAAUGGGCUACAAGACCAUCGCCAAGCAGCUUGGUGAGAAGGUGACAACAGUUGGUGCGAUUAUUCGCAAAUGGAAGAAACACAAAAGAACUGUCAGUCUCCCUCGGCCUGGGGCUCCAUGCAAGAUCUCACCUCGUGGAGUUGCAAUGAUCAUGAGAACGGUGAGGAAUCAGCCCAGAACUACACGGGAGGAUCUUGUCAAUGAUCUCAAGGCAGCUGGGACCAUAGUCACCAAGAAAACAAUUGGUAACACACUACGCCGUGAAGGACUGAAAUCCUGCACCGCCCGCAAGGUCCCCCUGCUCAAGAAAGCACAUAUACAGGGCCGCCUGAAGUUUGCCAAUGAACAUCUGAAUGAUUCAGAGGAGAACUGGGUGAAAGUGUUGUGGUCAGAUGAGACCAAAAUCGAGCUCUUUGGCAUCAACUCAACUCGCUGUGUUUGGAGGAGGAGGAAUGCUGCCUAUGACCCCAAGAACACCAUCCCCACCGUCAAACAUGGAGGUGGAAACAUUAUGCUUUGGGGGUGUUUUUCUGCUAAGGGGACAGGACAACUUCACCGCAUCAAAGGGACAAUGGACGGGGCCAUGUACCGUCAAAUCUUGGGUGAGAACCUCCUUCCCUCAGCCAGGGCAUUGCAAAUGGGUCGUGGAUGGGUAUUCCAGCAUGACAAUAACCCAAAACACACGGCCAAGGCAACGAAGGAGUGGCUCAAGAAGAAUCCCAUUAAGGUCCUGGAGUGGCCUAGCCAGUCUCCAGACCUUAAUCCCAUAGAAAAUCUGUGGAGGGAGCUGAAGGUUCGAGAUGCCAAACGUCAGGCUCGAAACCUUAAUGACUUGGAGAAGAUCUGCAAAGUGGAGUGGGACAAAAUCCCUCCUGAGAUGUGUGCAAACCUGGUGGCCAACUACAAGAAACGUCUGACCUCUGUGACUGCCAACAAGGGUUUUGCCACCAAGUACUAAGUUAUGUUUUGCAGAGGGGUCAAAUACUUACUUCCCUCAUUAAAAUGCAAAUCAAUUGAUAACAUUUUUGACAUGCGUUUUUCUGGAUUUAUUUGUUGUUAUUCUGUCUCUCACUGUUCAAAUAAACCUACCAUUAAAAUUAUAGACUGAUCAUGUCUUUGUCAGUGGGCAAACGUACAAAAUCAGCAGGGGAUCAAAUACUUUUUUCCCUCACUGUAUAUCCACAGUAAAACGAGUCCUAUAUCGACAUAACCUGAAAGGCCGCUCAGCAAGGAAGAAGCCACUGCUCCAAAACCGCCAUAAAAAAGCCAGACUACGGUUUGCAACUGCACAUGGGGACAAAGAUCGUACUUUUUGGAGAAAUGUCCUCUGGUGUUUUGAAACAAAAAUUGAAACUGUUUGGCCAUAAUGACCAUCGUUAUGUUUGGAGGAAAAAGGGGGAUGCUUGCAAGCCGAAGAACACCAUCCCAACCGUGAAGCACGGGGGUGGCAGCAUCAUGCUGUGGGGGUGCUUUGCUGCAGGAGGGACUGGUGCACUUCACAAAAUAGAUGGCAUCAUGAGGAAGCAAAAUUAUGUGGAUAUAUUGAAGCAACAUCUCAAGACAUCAGUCAGGAAGUUAAAGCUUGGUCGCAAAUGGGGUCUUCCAAAUGGACAAUGACCCCAAGCAUACUUCCAAAGUUGUGGCAAAAUGGCUUAAGGACAACAAAGUCAAGGUAUUGGAGUGGCCAUCACAGAGCCCUGACCUCAAUCCUAUAGGAAAUGUGUGGGCAGAACUGAAAAAGCGUGUGCGAGCAAGGAGGCCUACAAACCUGACUCAGUUACACCAGCUCUGUCAGGAGGAAUGGGACAAAAUUCACCCAACUUAUUGUGGGAAGCUUGUGGAAGGCUACCCGAAAUGUUUGACCCAAGUUAAACAAUUUAAAGGCAAUGCUACCAAAUACUAAUAGAGUGUAUGUAAACUUCUGACCCACUGGGAAUGUGAUGAAAGAAAUAAAAGCUUUAAUAAAUAAUUCUCUCUACUAUUAUUCUGACAUUUCACAUUCUUAAAAUAAAGUGGUGAUCCUAACUUGACCUAAAACAGGGAAUUUUUACUAGGAUUAAAUGUCAGGAAUUGUGAAAAACUUAGUUUAAAUGUAUUUGGCUAAGGUGUAUGUAAACUUCUCACUUCAACUGUAUUUAACAUGUCAGACAUAUGAGCGGGCCUAUCUUUGUACAUACUGCACUGACCUGCUUUCUGCUUCUCUUCCUACUGUAAUCACUGUGCUUUCCUACUGUAAUCACUGUGCUUUCUUACUGUAAUCACUGUGCUUUCCCACUGUAAUCACUGUGCUUUCCAACUGUAAUCACUGUGCUUUCUUACUGUAAUCACUGUGCUUUCCCACUGUAAUCACUGUGCCUACCUACUGUAAUCACUGUGCUGUCUUACUCGUCACUUCCUGUCAUCACUUCCUGUUGAACGAGGGAGAGCUCGGUUUGUUGUUUUGGAAAGUUUGUUGUUUUGGAAAGUUUUGAAAUUCUAUUGAAAAAGUUUGGUUACUAGCUAGCUAACGUUUGAAUUUGGAUCCCGCGACGCGGUUGGCAUCAGUUGCUGGGACCGCUGCUAUCUGUCCAGUGAUCCUGCCGACCAAGGGUCUGCUGAGCUGUUUGGCAUAGCAGCUAGCCUAUCUGCUAGCUAGCUGCCUAUCAAGCUAGCAGGGUUUCUUGAGGGCUUGAACGUGGCUGGGACCGCGGAUUGUCCCGGGCUUGUGGCUGGGACCGCGGAUUGUCCCGGGCUUGUGGCUGGAACCGCGGAUUGUCCCGGGCUUGUGGCUGGAACCGCGGAUUGUCCCGGGCUUGUGGCUGGGACCGUGGAUUGUCCCGGGCUUGAGGCUGGGACCGUGGAUUGUCCUGGGCUUGUGGCUGGGACCGCGGAUUGUCCCGGGCCUUGUGGCUGGAACCGCGGAUUGUCCCGGGCUUGUGGCUGGAACCGCGGAUUGUCCCGGGCUUGUGGCUGGAACCGCGGAUUGUCCUGGGCUUGUGGCUGGAACCGCGGAUUGUCCCGGGCUUGUGGCUGGAACCGCGGAUUGUCCCGGGCUUGUGGCUGGAACCGCGGAUUGUCCCGGGCUUGUGGCUGGGACCGUGGAUUGUCCCGGGCUUGUGGCUGGGACCGUGGAUUGUCCCGGGCUUGUGGCUGGAACCGCGGAUUGUCCCGGGCUUGUGGCUGGAACCGCGGAUUGUCCCGGGCUUGUGGCUGGGACCGUGGAUUGUCCUGGGCUUGUGGUUGGGACGGUGGAUUGUCCCGGGCUUGUGGCUGGGACCGUGGAUUGUCCCGGGCUUGUGGCUGGAACCGCGGAUUGUCCCGGGCUUGUGGCUGUGACCGUGGAUUGUCCCGGGCUUGUGGCUGUGACCAUGGAUUGUCCCAGGCUUGAGGCUGGAACCGCGGAUUGUCCCGGGCUUGUGGUUGGGACGGUGGAUUGUCCCGGGCUUGUGGCUGGGACCGUGGAUUGUCCCGGGCUUGUGGCUGGAACCGCGGAUUGUCCCGGGCUUGUGGCUGUGACCGUGGAUUGUCCCGGGCUUGUGGCUGGAACCGCGGAUUGUCCCGGGCUUGUGGCUGGAACCGCGGAUUGUCCCGGGCUUGUGGCUGGAACCGCGGAUUGUCCCGGGCUUGUGGCUGGAACCGCGGAUUGUCCCGGGCUUGUGGCUGGGACCGUGGAUUGUCCCGGGCUUGUGGCUGGGACCGUGGAUUGUCCCGGGCUUGUGGCUGGGACCGUGGAUUGUCCCGGGCUUGUGGCUGGAACCGCGGAUUGUCCCGGGCUUGUGGCUGGAACCGCGGAUUGUCCCGGGCUUGUGGCUGGAACCGCGGAUUGUCCCGGGCUUGUGGCUGGAACCGCGGAUUGUCCCGGGCUUGUGGCUGGAACCGCGGAUUGUCCCGGGCUUGUGGCUGGAACCGCGGAUUGUCCCGGGCUUGUGGCUGGGACCGUGGAUUGUCCCGGGCUUGUGGCUGGGACCGUGGAUUGUCCCGGGCUUGUGGCUGGAACCGCGGAUUGUCCCGGGCUUGUGGCUGGAACCGCGGAUUGUCCCGGGCUUGUGGCUGGAACCGCGGAUUGUCCCGGGCUUGUGGCUGGGACCGUGGAUUGUCCCGGGCUUGUGGCUGGAACCGCGGAUUGUCCCGGGCUUGUGGCUGGAACCGCGGAUUGUCCCGGGCUUGUGGCUGGAACCGCGGAUUGUCCCGGGCUUGUGGCUGUCUAGAUCCCUGCUGUUUGUUGUUGUUGUUUCCAGUCUUUCCUGGGACCUGCCCUGUCUGGAACUACGAGGAGUAACAGCGUAACCUACAUUGUUACCAUGACAAAGACCAAAGCCGGCGGGAGUACCGUUGAGGACAGUGGUGUCUCUCUAUCACAGGUGAAGGAUAUUUUAAACAAAGAAAACGAGUUCUACAAGGCGUUGUUACAACAAGAAAAUAUCUUCAAGUGUUUUGUCCAAAUAAUGGUGGUGUCAACUAAUAAAAGAAUGGACGACCUGACCAGAGAGGUCCAGGACCUGAAGAACAGUUUGACCAGAGAGGUCCAGGACCUGAAGAACAGUUUGACCAGAGAGGUCCAGGACCUGAAGAACAGUUUGACCAGAGAGGUCCAGGACCUGAAGAACAGUUUGACCAGAGAGGUCCAGGACCUGAAGAACAGUUUGCAGUUCUUCCAGGGUCAGCUCGAUUAGUUGAAACAGGAGAACAGCAAGAUGACAGCAAUCUGUAAGUCAUUGAGAGAGGACAUCAGUUCUGUGUGUGAAUCCAUGAUAACAAUGAAGGAUAAAUCAGACAAGGGGGACAAUCAAGACGGAACAACGUUGUGGAUGGAAUUGCAGAAUCUCCACGAGACCUGGACGGAGUCUGAGGACAAAGUGAGGGAAAUGAUCUCUGAGGGGGGGGGGUUGCUGUAUAUAUUCAAAGCCAUAUCCCUGUAAUGCUUAGAGAAGAUCUUAUGACGUGUGUUAUUGAAGUGUUGUGGUUGCAGGUUCACCUGGCACAUGUAAAGGCUUUUUAUUUUGGGGUGUUGCUAUAGUUACCAAGUGCUAACAGUCAGUAUCUAAAUAAUAUGUGACUCAUUUCAGGAAACUAUUCAUAGGUCGCAAGUCACUACUUCACAGGAGCAGCAUUUAUUAAUUUUUUUGCCAGAAAUGCCUUCUGGAACAUGUGAACUUUCAUGUGCCUUAAUAACAAACUUGUAUUCCAUCCAUAAAUACGAAUAAAAUUGUUAAAUUACAAGCCUAGUUGGUUUAGCCAUGGAAAACGACUGGAACCUUCCCAAUAGCCAUGAUUGGCUGAGAUAAUGUAUGGGCUGGACAUGCCGCAAGAUGAGUUUGGAUUGGUCUGCCAUGUAGCAUCCUUCUGUCUAUGAGUUUGGAUUGGUCUGCCAUGUAGCAUCCUUCUGUCUAUGAGUUUGGAUUGGUCUGCCAUGUAGCAUCCUUCUGUCUAUGAGUUUGGAUUGGUCUGCCAUGUAGCAUGCUUCUGUCUAUGAGUUUGGAUUGGUCUGCCAUGUAGCAUCCUUCUGUCUAUGAGUUUGGAUUGGUCUGCCAUGUAGCAUCCUUCUGUCUAUAACAUGAGCUGGUCAGGAUGUGUUGACAGUCCUUUCUACCACGCCGUAUUUUAUAGAUAUAACGUUAGCCAUCGAAAACUACACAAGUUUUGCUUAUUUUCUCAACAACAUUGAUGCCCUGAAUUUAGCAGGCGCUAUUGACAUAUCAGUAGGAAAGAGUGAUGGGCUACUUUCUGCACACGCCACGGUCAGUGUGAACACGCCACGGUCAGUGUGAACACGCCACGGUCAGUGUGAACACGCCACGGUCAGUGUGAACCGGAGUGAUAACGGCCAUCGAUUGUAUUUCAUGAACAUGUGUACAUGUCUAGACAAUAGUGACCCGUCCACUCAGCUAGAUGUGGCUGGGGGGGGGGGGGGGGGGUUAUAGCAUUUCCUUCACAUGACCCAUCAAUUUAGACAAGUGUGUUGGGUAAACGUCAUCUAAUAACGAUAAAAUAUUUGUUUUUGAAAUUGCAAUUAUGCAAGUAUGCAAGUACUAUCACUGUACCGUUUACACCUUCUGUAUCCUGUGCAUGUGACAAAUAAACUUAGAUUUUAUUUAAUAUAGCGUGUGUUUAGCACAUGGCCUCACAUGUGAAUCCGUAAAGAGAUGGGUGGGGCUAAGGCUUAAGAGGGCGUGAACGAUGCUGAAUGGGUGUAGACAAAGAAGAGCUCUCCAGUAGGUACCAAAACAUUCAAGGGGCCAUUUUCUCAAUAGUGGGGUUACAAGUUUAUCAACUUUCAAAGCAGAAUUACUUUCCCAUUUUUCCUCAACUGCAGUGUAUGAUAUACCAUUUUCUAGCUCUGAGUCUCUACUUUUAUCCAAUGUAAAAAACACAAUUUCUUAUUGCAAAUUGAGAAAUGAUGUGACUAAACUCAACAAAAAGAAGAAACUGUAUUAUGAAGCCAAGAUCAAUGAUUUAAAGAAUGAUGGAAGAAGACUAUGGCAGAAAGACAAAUUCGACUCCAUCUUUCAGCUAAUCAGAUGGCUUAUUCAUCACAAAACCUUUUAAUGUUGCCAAUUAUUUUAAUGAUUACUUCAUUGACAAAGUGGGCAAACUUAGGCAGGAAAUGCCAACAACGAACAAUGAGCCAUCGUAUCCAUGCAUAAAAAAUCAAUAAAAAAAUCGAACAAAAGCAUUGCAAGUUUGCAUUUUGUAAAGUUAGUGUGGGAGAGGUUAGUCAGCAGUAUUAAACUCUGUUAGUCAGCAGUAUUAAACUCUAUUAGUCAGCAGUAUUAAACUCUGUUAGUCAGCAGUAUUAAACUCUAUUAGUCAGCAGUAUUAAACUAUGUUAGUCAGCAGUAUUAAACUCUAUUAGUCAGCAGUAUUAAACUCUGUUAGUCAGCAGUAUUAAACUCUGUUAGUCAGCAGUAUUAAACUCUGUUAGUCAGCAGUAUUAAACUCUGUUAGUCAGCAGUAUUAAACUCUGUUAGUCAGCAGUAUUAAACUAUGUUAGUCAGCAGUAUUUUAAACUCUGUUAGUCAGCAGUGUUUAACUAUGUUAGUCAGCAGUGUUUAACUAUGUUAGUCAGCAGUGUUUAACUAUGUUAGUCAGCAGUAUUUUAAACUCUGUUAGUCAGCAGUGUUUAACUAUGUUAGUCAGCAGUGUUUAACUAUGUUAGUCAGCAGUGUUAAACUCUGUUAGUCAGCAGUAUUUUAAACUCUGUUAGUCAGCAGUGUUUAACUAUGUUAGUCAGCAGUGUUAAACUCUGUUAGUCAGCAGUAUUUUAAACUCUGUUAGUCAGCAGUGUUUAACUAUGUUAGUCAGCAGUGUUUAACUAUGUUAGUCAGCAGUGUUAAACUCUGUUAGUCAGCAGUAUUUUAAACUAUAUUAGUCAGCUGUGUUUAUCUAUAUUAGUCAGCAGUGUUAAACUCUGUUAGUCAGCAGUAUUUUAAACUAUAUUAGUCAGCUGUGUUUAUCUAUAUUAGUCAGCAGUGUUAAACUCUGUUAGUCAGCAGUAUUUUAAACUAUAUUAGUCAGCUGUGUUUAUCUAUAUUAGUCAGCAGUGUUAAACUCUGUUAGUCAGCAGUAUUUUAAACUAUAUUAGUCAGCUGUGUUUAUCUAUAUUAGUCAGCUGUGUUUAUCUAUAUUAGUCAGCUGUGUUUAUCUAUAUUAGUCAGCUGUGUUUAUCUAUAUUAGUCAGCUGUGUUUAUCUAUAUUAGUCAGCUGUGUUUAUCUAUAUUAGUCAGCUGUGUUUAUCUAUAUUAGUCAGCUGUGUUUAUCUAUAUUAGUCAGCUGUGUUUAUCUAUAUUAGUCAGCUGUGUUUAUCUAUAUUAGUCAGCUGUAUAAAGACAGAGACAGGAGGAAUCUGCUGUAGUUCGCUGUGACUUCCUGAACAGAAUCAUUGCAAUACGAAGACCACACAAAGACCUUCUGUCUGUCUGUCAGUCUCAAAGACCUUCUGUCUGUCUGUCAGUCUCAAAGACCUUCUGUCUGUCUGUCAAUCUCAAAGACCUUCUGUCUGUCUGUCAGUCUCAAAUACCUUCUGUCCGUCUGUCAGUCUCAAAGACCUUCUGUCUGUCUGUCAGUCUCAAAGACCUUCUGUCUGUCUGUCAGUUUCAAAGACCUUCUGUCUGCAUGUCAGUCUCAAAGACCUUCUGUCUGUCUGUCAGUCUCAAAGACCUUCUGUCUGUCUGUCAGUCUCAAAUACCUUCUGUCCGUCUGUCAGUCUCAAAUACCUUCUGUCCGUCUGUCAGUCUCAAAUACCUUCUGUCUGUCUGUCAGUCUCAAAGACCUUCUGUCCGUCUGUCAGUCUCAAAUACCUUCUGUCCGUCUGUCAGUCUCAAAGACCUUCUGUCUGUCUGUCAGUCUCAAAGACCUUCUGUCUGCAUGUCAGUCUCAAAGACCUUCUGUCUGUCUGUCAGUCUCAAAGACCUUCUGUCUGUCUGUCAGUCUCAAAUACCUUCUGUCCGUCUGUCAGUCUCAAAUACCUUCUGUCCGUCUGUCAGUCUCAAAUACCUUCUGUCUGUCUGUCAGUCUCAAAGACCUUCUGUCCGUCUGUCAGUCUCAAAUACCUUCUGUCUGUCUGUCAGUCUCAAAUACCUUCUGUCCGUCUGUCAGUCUCAAAGACCUUCUGUCUGUCUGUCAGUCUCAAAUACCUUCUGUCUGUCUGUCAGUCUCAAAUACCUUCUGUCCGUCUGUCAGUCUCAAAUACCUUCUGUCCGUCUGUCAGUCUCAAAUACCUUCUGUCUGUCUGUCAGUCUCAAAGACCUUCUGUCUGUCUGUCAGUCUCAAAUACCUUCUGUCUGUCUGUCUCAUGUUUUGAUGAGAAAGGAAUCUUUCUUAUUUUUCUCUGGCGGCAGAGUUGUGUUUCUGUUCCUGUUUGUACUUAGGUUUUAUAUUAUUGACCAAUCCAGGGUGAGGUUAGAGGUUAGAGGUUAGAGGUUAGAGGUAGAGGUUAUAGGUUAUUGGUUAUUGGAUAUAGGUUAUUGGUUAUAGGUUAUAGGUUAUAGGUUAUUGGUUAUAGGUUAUUGGUUAUUGGUUAUUGGUUAUUGGAUAUAGGUUAUAGGUUAUAGGUUAUUGGUUAUUGGUUAUUGGAUAUAGGUUAUAGGUUAUAGGUUAUAGGUUAUUGGAUAUAUGUUAUAGGUUAUUGGCUAUAGGUUAUUGGUUAUGGGUUAUAGGUUAUUGGUUAUUGGUUAUUGGUUAUUGGCUAUAGGUUAUAGGUUAUUGGUUAUAGGUUAUUGGAUAUAGGUUAUAGGUUAUUGGAUAUAGGUUAUAGGUUAUUGGUUAUAGGUUAUUGGAUAUAGGUUAUUGGUUAUAGGUUAUUGGUUAUUGGUUAUAGGUUAUAGGUUAUUGGUUAUAGGUUAUAGGUUAUUGGUUAUUGGUUAUUGGUUAUUGGUUAUAGGUUAUUGGUUAUAGGUUAUAGGUUAUUGGUUAUAGGUUAUUGGUUAUUGGUUAUAGGUUAUAGGUUAUUGGUUAUAGGUUAUUGGUUAUAGGUUAUUUGUUAUUGGUUAUUGGUUAUAGGUUAUUGGUUAUAGGUUAUAGGUUAUUGGUUAUAGGUUAUUGGUUAUAGGUUAUAUGUUAUUGGUUAUAGGUUAUAGGUUAUUGGUUAUAGGUUAUUGGUUAUAGGUUAUAGGUUAUUGGUUAUAGGUUAUAGGUUAUUGGUUAUAGGUUAUUGGUUAUAGGUUAUAUGUUAUUGGUUAUAGGUUAUAGGUUAUUGGUUAUAGGUUAUUGGUUAUUGGUUAUAGGUUAUUGGUUAUAGGUUAUUGGUUAUAGGUUAUUGGUUAUUGGUUAUAGGUUAUAGGUUAUAGGUUAUAGGUUAUUGGUUAUAGGUUAUUGGUUAUAGGUUAUUGGUUAUUGGUUAUAGGUUAUUGCCCACAUAUUUGUAAUUCCUCAAAUUCACGUUGUGUUUUGUCCAUUGAGGUCCUUCACGUUGUGUUUUGUCCAUUGAGGUCCUUCACGUUGUGUUUUGUCCAUUGAGGUCCUUCACGUUGUGUUUUGUCCAUUGAGGUCCUACUGUAUAUGCUCUGGAUGUCACUCUGCUCCCCUUCUCCCUCAGUGUGCUGGUGACCCAACAAGACACAGUGAAGAUCAGUGACUUCGGGACAUCCAAGGAGCUCAGUGAUAAGAGCACUCAGAUGUCGUUCGCUGGUACGGUGGCCUGGAUGGCCCCAGAGGUCAUCAGGAACGAACCGGUGUCUGAGAAAGUAGACAUCUGGUGAGUACAACAAUAAGUACUGAAAAGAAAACCAUGUCUAACCAUCUCUCUCCCAGAAGCCUGGUAAAAACCAAACCAGCCAAACAAAGAGGUUCUCACUCAAACAUGUUGCAUCACAGAUAUCAGAUAUCAUCACAGACGUGUUGCAUCACAGAUAUCAGAUAUCAGAUAUCAUCACAGACGUUGCAUCACAGAUAUCAGAUAUCAGAUAUCAUCGCAGACGUUGUAUCACAGAUAUCAGAUAUCAGAUAUCAUCGCAGACGUUUCGGCGUUACAGCCUUCUUCAGUGUGUUGGUACCAUUUACUUUAAUUCAAAACAGCGUUUGUAAAGAACAACCAAUAAGCAGCAGGUGAUUCUAAAUCAGGGUUGCCACUCAUCGGCCAAUCAGGGGAUGUGGCUACCUGUAUACAAAUGAGUCACAAAGAGAUAAAGAAUUAUAGGGUAUGGGGGCGGGCACGAAGGGCAACUCACCUAAAUACAUAUAAAUUCAUGAGAUAGCCCACCACAAAGGACAUCAGGCAAAGCCGUUCAUAAAUAUGUGGGGCCAACUCAUAAAACAUAUGCAAAAUCUGAUAUGGACAGUGUUCUUUUAUAACAGUCUAAAUGUGGCUUAUACUGUAGGAAGGAGGUGAAAUCCAAUGAUUUGUUUAAACCGUGUGGAGAUACUGAAUUUAAUGUAUAUAUCCACAUGGCUUCUCUAUGGAGUCGUUUGUUGUCAUAGUCCCCUCCUCUACGGGGUGGAUACACUUUUUGCCGACGCAACGCAAUUCAUUAAUAGAAUGAUUUUGUUCAAUAAAGUGUCUCGCAACUGGCAGAGGUGAUAUCUUGAAGUCUAAUAGUGGGUUUACGUUCUCCAAGACGUACUUUCAAGGAUGUUUUGCCAAUAUAAAUAUUAUUACAAGAACACUGUAACAUAUACAGUACCAGUCAAACGUUUGGACAUACCUCCUCAUUCAAGGGUUUUUCUUUAUUUUGUACUAUUUUCUACAUUGUAGAAUAAUAGUGAAGACAUCAACACUAUGAAAUAACACAUAUAGAAUCAUGUAGUAACCAAAAAAGUGUAAAACAAAUCAAAAUAUAUUUGAGAUUCUUCAAAUAACCACCCUUUGCCUUGAUGACAGCUUUGCACACGCUUGGCAUUCUCUCAACCAGCUUCAUGAGGUAGUCACCUGGAAUGCAUUUCAAUUAACAGGUGUGCCUUCUUAAAAGUUAAUUUGUGGAAUUUCUUUCCUUCUUUAAUGCGUUUGAGCCUAUCAGUUGUGUUGUGACAAGGUAGGGGUGGUAUACAGAAGAUAGCCCUAUUUGGUAAAAGACCAAGUCCAUAUUAUGGCAAGAACAGCUCAAAUAAGCAAAGAGAAACGACAGUCCAUCAUUACUUUAAGACAUGAAGGUCAGUCAAUCCGGAAAAUGUAAAGAACUUUGAACGUUUCUUCAAGUGCAGUCGCAAAAACCAUCAAGCGCUAUGAUGAAACUGGCUCUCAUGAGGACCGCCACAGGAAUGGAAGACCCAGAGUUACCUCUGCUGCAGAGGAUAAGUUCAUUAGAGUUAUCAGCCUCAGAAAUUGCAGCCCAAAUAAAUGCUUCACAGAGUUCAAGUCACAGACACAUCUCAUCAGCAACUGUUUUGAGGGGACUGUAUGAAUCAGGCCUUCAUGGUCGAAUUGCUGCAAAGAAACCACUACUAAAGGACACCAAUAACGCCAGGACAGCGGAGUCACUGACCACCUUCCUGGGACACUUGAAACCCCACCUCUUUAAGGAAUACCUGGAAUAGUAUAAAGUAAUCCUUCUUCCCCCACCCCCCAUAAAAAAAUGUUUUAAAAAAAGGUGGUUGUCCCACUGGCUAUCAUAAGUUGAAUGCACCAAUUUGUAAGUGGCUCUGGAUAAGAGCGUCUGCUAAAUGACGUAAAUGUAAAAUCUAAGAGACCUGCUUGGGCCAAGAAACACGAGCAAUGGACAUUAGACCGGUGGAAAUGUGUCCUUUGGUCUGGAGUCCAAAUUUGAGGUUUUUGGUUCCAACCGCCGUGUCUUUGUGAGACGCGGUGUGGAUGAACGGAUGAUCUCCGCAUGUGUAGCUCCCACCGUAAAGCAUGGAGGAGGAGGUGUUAUGGUGUGGGGGUGCUAUGCUGGUGACACUGUGAUUUAUUUAAAAUUCAAGGCACACUUUACCAGCAUGGCUACCACAGCAUUCUGAAGCGAUACGUCAUCCCAUUUGGUUUGGGCUUAGUGGGACUAUGAUUUGUUUUUCAACAGGACAAUGACCCAACACACCUCCAGGCUGUGUAAGGGCUAUUUUACCAAGAAGGAGAGUGAUGGAGUGCUGCAUCAGAUGACCUGGCCUCCACAAUCCCCCGACCUCAACCCAAUUGAGAUGGUUUGGGAUGAGUCGGACCGCAGAGUGAAGGAAAAGCAGCCAACAAGUGCUCAGCAUAUGUGGGAACUCCUUCAAGACUGUUGGAAAAGCAUUCCAGGUGACGCUGGUUGAGAGAAUGCCAAGAGUGUGCAAAGCUGUCAUCAAGGCAAAAGGUGGCUAUUUGAAGAAUCUCAAAUAUAAAAUAUAAAACUUUUGACUGGUACUGUACAUUACUCCUUUAGAAGUGCAAGUUAUACAGGUCCCCUGUAGCUCAGUUGGUAGAGCAUGGCGUUUGCAACGCAGGGUUGUGGGUUCGUUUCCCACGGGGGGCCAGUAUGAAACAUAAAUAAAAAAUGUAUGCACUCGCUAACUGUAAGUCGCUCUGGAUAAGAGCAUCUGCUAAAUGACUGAAAUGUAAAAUGUAAUACAUGACUUUAUCUCAUUGGACCUAGAAGUCAGAGGUCAUACUAAGUUACAACAUUUCCUUAAUGUGGUACAUGAUCUACAGGGGUUAAUGUGGUACAUGAUCUACAGGGGUUAAUGAGGUACAUGAUCUACAGGGGUUAGCUUUAUCAAGCCAGGUAUCAGGGUAUCCUCUACAGCUUUAUCAGGGUAUCCUCUAUAGCUUUAUCAAGCCAGGUAUCAGGGUAUCCUCUACAGCUUUAUCAGGGUAUCCUCUAUAGCUUUAUUAAGCCAGGUAUCAGGGUAUCCUCUACAGCUUCAUCAAGCCAGGUAUCAGGGUAUCCUCUACAGCUUCAUCAAGCCAGGUAUCAGGGUAUCCUCUACAGCUUCAUCAAGCCAGGUAUCGGGGUAUCCUCUAUAGCUUUAUCAAGCCAGGUAUCAGGGUAUCCUCUACAGCUUCAUCAAGCCAGGUAUCAGGGUAUCCUCUAUAGCUUUAUCAAGCCAGGUAUCAGGGUUUCCUCUACAGCAGAAACACUCAAGGAGAGAGUUUGAUUGUCUAUCAUAUUUUUCCUCUGUGUCACAGAUGAGACGCAGUCUAUGAAGUUGGCUGACUGGUAGGGGGAGAGGGUGAUAACUAUCAGCUGUCAAUAUAGUAUUUUUAUCUGUAGGUUUUCUGUAAACUGUAAUACUUAGAGAUUGUCCCUUUGUAAGUACAUCUAAGAAAUGUAUAGAGUUAAUGUUAUUUUCCAUAGUGAAGGAAAUUGAUUGUACUCUAGAGUUAAUGUUGUUAAGAAAUUCAUUUAAUUUAAUUUCGGAACCCGUCCAGAUCAUAAAGCAAUCGUUUAUAUAGCGGGUCCAGUAUUUAACAUGAUCGUUGUAAGGAUUAUCUUAUAAUAAUAAUAAUAUGCCAUUUAGCAGAGGCUUUUAUCCAAAGCGACUUACAGUCAUGCGUGCAUAAAUUUUUGUGUAUGGGUGGUCCCGGGGAUCGAACCCACUACCUUGGCGUUCCAAGCGCCGUGCUCUACCAGCUGAGCUACAGAGGACCAAGCGCCGUGCUCUACCAGCUGAGCUACAGAGGACCAAGCGCCGUGCUCUACCAGCUGAGCUACAGAGGACCAAGCACCGUGCUCUACCAGCUGAGCUCCAGAGGACCAAGCACCGUGCUCUACCAGCUGAGCUCCAGAGGACCAAGCGCCGUGCUCUACCAGCUGAGCUCCAGAGGACCAAGCGCCGUGCUCUACCAGCUGAGCUACAGAGGACCACGAAUAAAAAGUAUAAAUAAAAUCCUAUUCGAAUUUCCCCAUAAAGAGAUGUGCAUAGUUGUGAGCUAAUGGACUUCCCAUUGCUGUUCCAAAAGUCUGUAGAUAGUAAUAUUUAUCAAAUAAAAAAUAAUUUUUUAGUAAGCACUAGUUCAAUUAUAUAAUUUGUAGACAGCGCUUAAGCGGUUGGAGAGGAAGAACUUGAGGGCCUCCGUACCUCCGUCAUUCAGCGAUGAGACAUCAAGAGUAACUAACCAAUCUCCUUCACUAAUAACUGGUAUACUUUGUAGUUUCAUUAGAAAAUCCAAUACCCUAUAAUUCUGUAUCUCUUUUUGACUAAUUGGCAGAUGAGUGGCAACCGCGAUUAGUAGGACCUGCUGUAGCUCAGCUGGUAGAGCACGGCGCUUGGUCCUCUGUAGCUCAGCUGGUAGAGCACGGUGCUUGGUCCUCUGUAGCUCAGCUGGUAGAGCACGGCGCUUGGUCCUCUGUAGCUCCGCUGGUAGAGCACGGCGCUUGGUCCUCUGUAGCUCCGCUGGUAGAGCACGGUGCUUGUAACGCCAAGGUAGUGGGUUCGAUCCCCGGGACCACCCAUACACAAAAAUGUAUGCACGCACGACUGUAAGUCGCUUUGGAUAAAAGCGUCUGAUAAAUGGCAUGUUAUUAUAUUAUCUGAAAAUGGCACCAACACACUGAAGAAGACUGUAAAGCCGAAACGUCUGCAUACGCUGAUGCAGUGAAAACAUUAAAGACGAAUAAUAACGAAGUUUAUGAUGAUUAUUAUUAUUAUUAUUUAUAAGCUUUAUGAGUGUGAACCCAUUCCACCUCUUUGGACAACAAUAAGCUGAACCCGAACCCGAACAAACUCAUAAUAAUGAGAUUUAAGAAGAAGCAGAACUUGAAUGGAUAACUUGGCAUCAUAUUGUUGUAUCAGUUGACCCACAGUAUAGGGGUAUAUUCUCAUUUUCCAAACUUUUGCACAUUUAUAAAAAAUAAAAAAAAACUGAAAUACCUUAUUUACAAAAGUAUUCAGACCCUUUGCUAUGAGGCUCAAAAUUUAGCUCAGGUUCAUCCUGUUUCCACUGAUCAUCCUUGAGAUGUUUCUAUAACUUGAUUGGAGUCCACCUGUGGUAAAUUCAAUUGAUUGGACAUGAUUUGGAAAGGCACACACCUGUCUAUAUAAGGUCCCACAGUUGACAGUGCAUGUCAGAGCAAAAACCAAGCCAUGAGGUCGAAGGAAUUGUCCGUAGAGCUCUGAGACAGGAUUGUGUCGAGGCACAGAACUGGGGAAGGGUACCAAAACAUUUCUGCAGCAUUGGAGGUCCCCAAGAACACAGUGGCCUCCAUCAUUCUUAAAUGGAAGAAGUUUGGAACCACCAAGAGCUCUUCCUAGAGCUGGCCGCAUGGCCAAACUGAGUAAUCGGGGGAGAAGGGUCUUGGUCAGGGAGGUGACCAAGAACCCGAUGGUCACUCUGACAGAGCUCCAGAGUUCCUCUGUGGAGAUGGGAGAACCUUCCAGAAGUCAGGAUCGAGGGAAAGAUGAAUGGAGCAAAGUACAGAGAGAUCCUUGAUGAAAACCUGCUCCAGAGCACUGCUCCAGAGGACCUCAGACUGGGGCAAAGGUUCACCUUCCGACAGGACAACGACCCUAAGCACACAGCCAAGAUAAGUGGCUUCGGGACAAGUCUCUGAAUGUCCUUGAGUGGCCCAGCCAGAGCCCGGACUUGAACCUGAUCGAACAUCUCUGGAGAGACCUGAAAAUAGCUGUGCAGCGACACUCCCCAUCCAACCUGACAGAGCUUGAGAGGAUCUGCAGAGAAGAAUGGGAGAAACUCCCCAAAUACAGGUGUGCCAAGCUUGUAGCGUCAUACCCAAGAAGACUCGAGGCUGUAAUCACUGCCAAAGGUGCUUUAACAAAAUACUGAGUAAAGGGUCUGUCAUUUUUCAGUUUUUUUUAUUUGUAACACAUUUGCAAACAUUUCUAAAAACCUGUUUUUACUUGUCAAACAAUUUAAUCAAUUUUAGAAUAACUUAACAAAAUAUGGAAAAAGUCAAGGGAUCUGAAGUCAAGGGAUCUGAAUACUUUCCGUAUGCACUGUAGGGUUAUGUUGGGAGGAAGUUAGUAUAGCACAGUGUUUGGUUUGGUGUUAUAAUAUGUUAACCCUCUGGUUGGCAGGUCGUUUGGUUUGGUGUUAUAAUAUGUUAACCCUCUGUGGUUGGCAGGUCGUUUGGCGUGGUGUUAUAAUAUGUUAACCCUCUGGUUGGCAGGUCGUUUGGCGUGGUGUUAUAAUAUGUUAACCCUCUGGUUGGCAGGUCGUUUGGUUUGGUGUUAUAAUAGUUAACCCUCUGGUUGGCAGGUCGUUUGGUUUUGGUGUUAUAAUAUGUUAACCCUCUGGUUUGGCAGGGUCGUUUGGUUUGGUGUUAUAAUAUGUUAAACCCGCUGUGGUUGGCAGGUCGUUUUGGCGUGGUGUUAUAAUAUGUUAACCCUCUGGUUGGCAGGUCGUUUGGCGUGGUGUUAUAAUAUGUUAACCCUCUGGGUUGGCAGGUCGUUUGGGCGUGGUGUUAUAAUAUGUUAACCCUCUGGUUGGCAGGUCGUUUGGUUUGGUGUUAUAAUAUGUUAACCCUCUGGUUGGCAGGUCGUUUGGCGUGGUGUUAUAAUAUGUUAACCCUCUGGUUGGCAGGUCGUUUGGCGUGGUGUUAUAAUAUGUUAACCCUCUGGGUGGCAGGGUUCGUUUGGCGUGGUGUUUAUAUAUGUUAACCCUCUGGUUGGCAGGUCGUUUGGCGUGGUGUUAUAAUAUGUUAACCCUCUGGUUGGCAGGUCGUUUGGCGUGGUGUUAUAAUAUGUUAACCCUCUGUGGUUGGCAGGUCGUUUGGCGUGGUGUUAUAAUAUGUUAACCCUCUGGUUGGCAGGUCGUUUGGUUUGGUGUUAUAAUAUGUUAACCCUCUGGUUGGCAGGUCGUUUGGCGUGGUGUUAUAAUAUGUUAACCCUCUGGUUGGCAGGUCGUUUGGCGUGGUGUUAUAAUAUGUUAACCCUCUGUGUGGUUGGCAGGUCGUUUGGCGUGGUGUUAUAAUAUGUUAACCCUCUGGUUGGCAGGUCGUUUGGUUUGGUGUUAUAAUAUGUUAACCCUCUGGUUGGCAGGUCCGUUUGGCGUGGUGUUAUAAUAUGUUAACCCUCUGUGGUUGGCAGGUCCGUUUUGCGUGGUGUUAUAAAUAUGUAACCCUCUGGUUGGCAGGUCGUUUGGUUUGGUGUUAUAAUAUGUUAACCCUCUGGUUGGCAGGUUCGUUUGGCGUGGUGUUAUAAUAGUUAACCCUCUGGUUGGCAGGUCGUUUUGGCGUGGUGUUAUAAUAUGUUAACCCCUGUGUGGUUUGGCAGGUCGUUUGGCGUGGUGUUAUAAUAUGUUAACCCUCUGGUUGGCAGGGGUCGUUUGGCGUGGUGUUAUAAUAUGUUAACCCUCUGGUUGGCAGGUCCGUUUGGCGUGGUUGUUAUAAUAUGUUUAACCCUUUGCCUUGGCAGGUCGUUUGGCGUGGUGUUUAUAAUAUGUUAACCUCUGGUUGGCAGGGUCGUUUGGCGUGGGUGUUAUAAUAUGUUUAACCCUCUGGUUGGCAGGUCUUGGCGUGGUGUUAUAAUAUGUAACCCUCUGGUUGGCAGGUCGUUUGGCGUGGUGUUAUAUAUGUUAACCCUCUGGUUGGCAGGUCGUUUGGUUUGGUGUUAUAAUAUGUUAACCCUCUGGUUGGCAGGUCGUUUGGCGUGGUGUUAUAAUAUGUUAACCCUCUGGUUGGCAGGUCGUUUGGCGUGGUGUUAUAAUAUGUUAACCCUCUGGUUGGCAGGUCGUUUGGCGUGGUGUUAUAAUAUGUUAACCCUCUGGUUGGCAGGUCGUUUGGCGUGGGUGUUAUAAUAUGUUAACCCUCUGGUUGGCAGGUCGUUUGCGUGGUGUUAUAAUAUGUUAACCCUCUGUGGUUGGCAGGUCGUUUGGCGUGGUGUUAUAAUAUGUUAACCCUCUGGUUGGCAGGUCGUUUGGCGUGGUGUUAUAAUAUGUUAACCCUCUGUGUGGUUGGCAGGUCGUUUGGCGUGGUGUGUAUAAUAUGUUUAACCCUCUGCUUGGCAGGGUCGUUUGGCGUGGUGGUUAUAAUAUGUUAACCCUUCUGGUUGGCAGGUCGUUUGGUUUGGUGUUAUAAUAUGUUAACCCUCUGGUUGGCAGGUCGUUUGGUUUGGUGUUAUAAUAUGUUAACCCUCUGGUUGGUUGGCAGGUCGUUUGGUUUGGUGUUAUAAUAUGUUAACCCUCUGGUUGGCAGGUCGUUUGGCGUGGUGUUAUAAUAUGUUAACCCUCUGGUUGCAGGUCGUUUGGCGUGGUGUUAUAAAUGUUAACCCUCUGGUUGGCAGGUCCGUUUGGCGUGUGUUAUAAUAUGUUAACCCUCUGGUUGGCAGGUCGUUUGGCGUGGUGUUAUAAUAUGUUAACCCUCUGGUUGGCAGGUCGUUUGGGUGGUGUUAUAAUAUGUUACCCUCUGUGUGGUUGCAGGUCGUUUGGCGUGGUGUUAUAAUAUGUUAACCCUCUGGUUGGCAGGUCGUUUGGCGUGGUGUUAUAAUAUGUUAACCCUCUGGUUGGCAGGUCGUUUGGUUUGGUGUUAUAAUAUGUUAACCCUCUGGUUGGCAGGUCGUUUGGCGUGGUGUUAUAAUAUGUUAACCCUCUGGUUGGCAGGUCGUUUGGCGUGGUGUUAUAAUAUGUUAACCCUCUGGUUGGCAGGUCGUUUGGCGUGGUGUUAAAUAUGUUAACCCUCUGGUUGGCAGGUCGUUUGCGUGGUGUUAUAAUAUGUUAACCCUCUGGUUGGCAGGUCGUUUGGCGUGGUGUUAUAAUAUGUUAACCCUCUGUGGUUGGCAGUGUCGUGUUUGGCGUGGUGUUAUAAUAUGUUAACCCUCUGGUUGGCAGGUCGUUUGGCGUGGUGUUUAUAAAUUGUUAACCCUUGCUUGGCAGGUCGUUUGGCUGGUGUUAUAAUAUGUUAACCCUCUGGUUGGCAGUUUUUGGCGUGGUGUUAUAAUAUGUUAACCCUCUGGUUGGCAGGUCGUUUGGCGUGGUGUGUAUAAUGUUACCCUCUGGUUGGCAGGUCGUUUGGCGUGGUGUUAAAUAUGUUAACCCUCUGGUUGGCAGUCGUUUGGUUUGGUGUUAUAAUAUGUUAACCCUCUGGUUGGCAGGUCGUUGCGUGGUUGUAAAUUGUUAACCCUCUGGAUUGGACAGGUCGUUUGGGCGUGGUGUUAUAAUAUGUUAACCCUUAUGGGUUUGGCAGGUCGUUUGGCGUGGUGUAUAAUAUGUUAACCCUCUGGUUGGCAGGUCGUUUGGGUUUGGUGUUAUAAUAUGUUAACCCUCUGGUUGGCAGGUCCGUUUGGCGUGGUGGUUAUAAUAUGUUAACCCUCUGGUUGCAGGUCGUUUGGCGUGGGUGUUAUAAUAUGUUAACCCUCUGGUUGGCAGGUCGUUUGGUUUGGUGUUAUAAUAUGUUAACCCUCUGGUUGGCAGGUCGUUUGGCGUGGUGUUAUGGGAGCUGCUGACUGGAGAAAUCCCCUAUAAAGACGUAGACUCCUCAGCCAUCAUCUGGGGUGUGGGUAGCAACAGCCUCCACCUCCCUGUUCCCUCCACUUGUCCCGACGGGUUCAAGAUCCUCAUGAAGCAAACAUGGUGAGAUAUGCAGAUCUUAGAUUAUUAAAGAGGAAUAUAUAUCACACGCCCUGCAAAUAUUCUAGGUAAUAUCUGCCUGUAUAAUCACAUGGAUUCAUGUAAUCUCUCCUCCCUUUUCACUCUCUCCCUCUCCUUCCUCUUUUUGGUUUGUCUCCAUUACACUCUCUUCUUCUCCUCCCUCUCUCCUUGCUGUUUCUCCUCUUCUCCAGGCAAGGGAAGCCCAGGAACCGUCCAUCAUUCCGUCAGAUCCUGCUCCAUCUGGACAUUGCCUCAGCUGACAUCCUGGGAGCUCCUCAGGAGACCUACUUCAAGUCUCAGGUGAGAACACAACCAUUCUAGACUCCAGAACCAUUCUAUGUUACAGCCCCUAGCAUACAUGUCAUUAUAGACCAUUCUAGGUUACAGUUCCUAGCAUACAUGUCAUUAUAGACCAUUCUAGGUUACAGCCCCUAGCAUACAUGUCAUUAUAGACCAUUCUAGGUUACAGCCCCUAGCAUACAUGUCAUUAUAGACCAUUCUAGGUUACAGCCCCUAGCAUACAUGUCAUUAUAGACCAUUCUAAGCUAUAGCCACCCUGUAGAGUACUGAUAUGUAACCAUGUGUGUCCUGUUCCCACUGUGUCAGUCUGAG